AUGCACGCUGGCGCGGGAAGUGGGGGUGUUAGUGGGGGUGGAGCGGCGCAUCGGAGACGCAAGAAGCGCUCGAACUACGGCAUCCGGACAGUGGAAGUGAACCGGGGCUCGAAUGGGUUCGGCUUUACCAUUUCCGGCCAGCAGCCGUGCAUACUGUCCUGCAUCGUUACCGCGUCACCGGCGGAUCUGGCCGGGCUCCGGGCGGGUGAUUUUCUCAUAUCCGUCAACGGGCUGAACGUGUCGAAGCUGCCACAUGAGUCGGUGGUGCAGUUGAUUGGCGGCACUCACGGCACGAUCCGGAUGGCGAUCGCGGAAAAUUACUACUCGGACAGUUCGGAUGAGGGCAUUCUGUUCCAGCAUGCCGGGCAGCAGGCACGCGCACGGCCAAAGUAUCCGCACAAGGCUAAAUUUUCCCGCGGCAUUGCGUCCGGAAUGACGCACGGAGCAGGUGCGGGUGGAGGCUCGAAUGGGCCGAAUGUUGGUGGCUCCGAACGUUCCAUUUGUGGAGGCUCUGGGUCAGGUGGACCGGCGGGCCAGGAUGAGUUGACGCUUAAUGACUCCUCUCCACCCGGGACGACGGCGUACAACGUUAUCCACAGUCCGAACGCCAGCAAUAGCUGUGAUAUUUCCAACGUGAGUGCAAUGGUUCGCUCGGUGCAGCUGGGGUCGGCUGAGGAUGAGCUCGCCGGAGGACAGUGUGCCGGUCCGUCGGGCCAGGAGAGACAUUCGGCCCUCGAGUACCAGGCCGUCGUAGGGUACCUGGGGACGAUCGAGAUGCCCAAACAGAUCGCCACCAGCUCGAAGCUGCAAACGGUGCGCAGUUGCAUCCGAAAGAUGCGACAGGAAAAGCGAAACCCAACGACCGUCUUGAUGACCAUUUUGCCUUCCUGCUUGAAUCUGACCAACACAAGCAACAACCUGAUCGCGAAGUACGCCUCGGCCCGACUCAGCUACGUCAGCAGCAGUAGCGAGAGCGAUAACAAAUACUUCGGCUUGGUCACCUCGGCCAUCUACGCGGACGGGUUGAUGUGCGACAGCGCCGACGAUGUGCUGCUGAUGAGCCACCCGCGCAAGGAUGUGGUCAUCUCGAAUAGCUGCCAUGUGUUUGUGAUCGAUGGAAAGUUGGCGGUGGAGCACGAGUUGCACCUGGAAAAGGCCGCUAUCUUCAGGAUCGUCUGCACGAAAGACCCUAUCACGAACCUGUGCCUCGAAUUCCCGUCCAACUCGGAGUACGUGGUCAACCUGAUACGCAGCAUGUACAGCCUAAAGUCCCCCAUCAAACCUGGUGAAGGGGGGUCCGGGAGUGGAAGUCGAAAACCACCGGUGGCGAGGAGUCUCAACCUGGAUGGAGGCGGUGCCGGGCGCUUUCCUCGGAAUCGUUCCGAUCCUCGAUUGAAUCCAUCGCGAGCAGAGGGGGACGCACAUGACGUCCUGGCAGCAAAUUCGCCGCAGCCUAGUAAUCACAGUGAAAUAACUACCACAUCGAGUAACUCCGACUCGGGUAUUGGCUUUCACAACGAUUGCCGGAACAUCUCCGACCGCAUACUGUUGGUGGAUUUCCCGGGUAUGCUUGGGCCGCAGCAACAGCGGCUACUCCAGCAGCAACAGAUAGCGAAUGUGCGAGCACACUACCGGAAGUCGCAUCCGUUCUUGCGCCCGGCGGGAAUAAUUAACGAAAUACCGUCGAAAAUGGACAAUCCUAUAAGGAACAUCCGUAGCACGAACGGCGCCGUAGUGGGACCGGCCCAUUCUUCCCGACUCAACGGCGGGUUGCAGAUUGUCCACGGGAAGUCAAAGUCGGCCGACUACAGCUACCCUUCGACUUCGGCAGGGUUCAGUGGGGGUUUCAUUGAUCGACUAACGGUUCGUGCACGUCCCGACCCAAAGGCGUUCGCCUCGGACCGAUCGCCCUCGAAGGAGAACGUACUGAACGCGUACAUGCAUGACGAAGCGAGUCGCGGACUGGAACCACCGGACAGUGAGGCGUUGAUGCCGCUGGGUAUCAUGGAGGACCCGUGGGCUUACGAUGGUAGGACGCUGGACGAGCAAGGAAACGUGGUCGAGGAACGACCGAUCGAUGUGCCCCCGAUGGAGAAUCUCUUUCUCGAUCUGGAUCGCUACAACAAUGAUAACGUGAAAAACAGUCUGCUAGCAGCACGUUCCUGUGACGAUAUGAUCCUCUCCCUCGGGAAGGAAUCGAUGAUGCAACGGGCCAACGGUGGUGGUCAGUGUGGUGACGAUAGUGCCCCGACGGAUGUCCUGCUCGACGUGGAGGCGUACGAACGGCUGAAGGUGAAACUCUCGAUAGACGAUCUUACGCUCAUCUCAGCUGGCGGGAUCGAUCGAAUGGAUGGCACCGUGGUGUCGGAACAUGAAGCCGGUGCGCCGCAAGACCAUGGAAGCAGUCAGCACGUGUUCCUACAGCCCCUGAAACCGGUGAAACGGUCAAAGAAAGCCUGCACGACGCACACGAGUAAAUCGGCGACGGGGAAACUGGCUGCCAUCCACCACGACGACAUACAGCACCGAGGUGUCCGCCAUCGGGGUGAUAAGCUGGCGGCAUACAAGCUCAGUCCGAAAGUGUUCGGGCUUCCGAGGCCGAUUUCCAUUAGCUUCGAGAACAUCUCAACGCUUUCGGCAAGCGAUGGUACCGGACAUGGAAGGGUUUCAGCAGCAAACGGUGGUGUGUGUUUGGAGGGUGAAGGAAGUUCCAGUGGUCGCAAAGGUUCCCAUAAGCCGGGCAACGGUACGCCCGGUGGUUCUGGCAGAAAAAGUCGUUCGGCUAAGCGCUUGAGUGGAGGAUUUUCGGCCAUCUGGGGAAGCCUACAGGAGCUGCGGAGUGGAGGUGGUUUCGGGAAGAGCACCGCUGAAGAAUCCGGCCGGGGGAAGCACGACGAAACGGUCGGCCCAAUAGACGAGCCCUCGAAAAAGAAGAAUCGUGAGCGGAGGUUAAGCGGACUGAAGCUGCUGGAAGCGACCUACAGUGAGCCUGAUCUGCGAUACGAUGAGGUGAGUGCUCCAAAUCUCCUAGCGAGCGUCCACGAUGACAAUACUGGGGAUUGUAUAAGUAGCCAAGGAAAACAAAUCAACCACAGUGCGUCGCCGUUCCGACGCUGGGGACAGUCAUCGUUGCGGUCACGCUCGACGGAACACCGCACACCGAACGGCUCAGCCCGCCGGCCCUCGUCGCUGGCCGCGUCCGAGAGCGACGUCUACACCAAGUCGAUCGACGAUGAUUACAGUUCGACCAAGAGCGGCUACAAUCCGUACGGUGGUGGCAGCUGUGGAGACGUGCUGGCCGUCGACUCCGGUAUGGCCAUGCACGGAACUGGCACGGAAACUGGGCGGAAGAGUGCCGGCACCAGUGGACCGACGGGUGUGGCCUCGUGGGGAACGUCCUUCGAGAAGCUGCUGGAAGAUGCGGCCGGAUUGCAUACGUUCUCGGAAUUUCUCAAGAAGGAAUUUUCCGCCGAAAACAUCUACUUCUGGACGGCGUGCGAGCGCUACCGGCAGCUGACGGAGCGCGAAGAUCGGGCCCGCGAGGCACAGGCAAUCUUCGCCCGCCACCUCGAGUCCGGCUGCAGCGAUCCGGUGAACGUUGACUCGAUCGCGCGCAACAUUGCGCUGGAGCAUCUACCACAGGCCGAAACGACGCUCUUUGCGGCCGCCCAGAAGCAGAUCUUCAAUCUGAUGAAGUUUGACAGCUACCAGCGGUUCAUAAAGUCCGAUCUGUACCGGGUGUGUCAGGAGGCGGAAACCAAGGGCCAUCCGUUGCCGUACCCGGGCGAUCAGCUCGAUCCGAUGUUGCGCACAAACUGCACGAUGGUACCGGGCGGCAGUGCGGGUGCGAGCGGUGGUGUUACGAAGCUGAAAAAGUCCCUCAGCAACGCGGAAGAUCGACGGCGCAAGUCGUUGCUGCCGUGGCAUCGGAAGACGCGCUGCAAGUCGAAGGAUCGAGGUGAUUCCGACGCAUCCAAGAAGGACGGUGGCAAGGGGUCGACUAACGGUGGGAAUGGUACGGCGAACGGGGCAGCAGGUGCAGCAGGUGGAAGUAGCAGCAGCAACACACUCAAGCUGCUUUCCACCAACUCCACCAGUGAUAUUCAUAGUUCUCGAAGUUCCUUAGCAAGUUUUGAUGCCGCCAUCGGUGGAAAGUCAUACGAUCCGGACGACACGCGUACCACGCUAUGCCGGGUAAUUCUGUCGAACGGUGCGACGACCGUCGUGCAGACACGGUCCAAUGAAACGAUUAAGGAGCUGGUCGAGCGCCUGCUCGAGAAGCGUGGCAUCGUGUACAACGCGUACGAGGCGUUUCUGGCCAGCAGCUCGAAGCCCCUCGACCUGGACGGACCCUCCGUAAGCCUCGCCGGUAAGGAGGUCAACAUUGACCAGCGAGUCGUGUUCAAGCUGAACCUACCGAACCGCAAGAUGAUAUCGGUCAAGAGCAAGGCAACCAAACCACUCGCCGACGUGUUGCGGCCAAUCCUGCACAAGUACAACUACGAACUCGAUCAGAUGAAGGUGACGGAUGCGGCAGACGUCGGUCUCGACAUGACCCAACCAGUCACCGCGGUCGAUGGAUUGUGUUUGUACAUCCGAAGCGCGGCUGACCAUUCCGCCGUAACUGCUGCUACUAUUCACCCGGAGCUGGGCCGGCCAUUGGCCGGGGCAAGACCAGUCAUCAAUACGGCCACACAUCAGCAGAUCGUACACCACUUCCAACAGCAGCAACAGCAAUUACUUAACAGUCAAUCGUCUGCUUCCCAGCAUCAUCAGUUCGCCGUUCCAUCCUCCAAUCCGCCUUCGUACACCCUGGCAACCAGCGGGAAGAGUAGAUCGUUCUUUGGGAGUUCGAUGAACACCGCAACCGCGCCAUCCACGUGCAAUAAUAACAACAACUCGCUGAAUGUGAACCACAAUCAUCUACGGGCCAAGGAGCAGCAGGGCCAGCACGAACUGCAGCAGCAGCUCAAGGAAACGGAACAGCCAACACCACCGGUGUCCAACGCCGUCAUCGGACAUAACCGUGGUCAGCAACCGGAUCUGAACACGCUGGACGAAAUCACGAACAAGGUGUUCAACGAACUGAUGAACGGGAAGACGGCGAGCAACGGGGCGACCGGCAAGGGCCCACCGGAUGUCGAUUGCGCCUCGGACACCUCGUCGUCGCGGCGCGAUCGGUUUCGGCGGCGCGGUUCGAACGCACCAUCGGAGAGCGGUCGAGGAGCGAAGAGCAAAAAAUGCUCCACCGGCGGAUCGGAAGAUGGGGGCGAAAGUGUGACGAACGGUGGCACCAAGAAGCCGAUUAUUGCAAAGCUGAAGGCGGGCGUCAAACUGCAGAUGCCAACCCGGUCGCAGAAUGAUGAGCUUCUCGAAGGACUGAAGCGUGCUCAACGUAGUCGAUUGGAGGACCAAAGGGGCACGGAAAUCAACUUCGAGCUGCCGGAUUUUCUAAAAGACAAGGAAAACUUCACAUCAUCCACCACCGGACCCACCGGACCGGGUUCGGCCGCCAACGGUCAGGUGCCUUCGGGGGUACUGGCACCGCAGGCAGGACCCACUAGUAAGCUGACGCGUAGCAAACCGGCCCGACGGUCCGAAGCAACCACCCCGACGGCGGAGUUCGUCGGUGGCUCACUGCAGCAAAUCAACAAACCCCAACCGGCGCCUCGGUUAUCGAUUACGGGUGGUCAGACCCGUGGCUCGCAAGCCGGUGGGCCGGAAUCUCCGGUCCACGCGGCUGUUAGCGACAGCCAGCUGAACCUUUCCACUCAGUGCAACGCGUCGCCGCUUCCCCUUGACGAUCCGUUUCGUGUGCGCGGUGGCGAAUCGCAGUCGGAAAACAGCUAUGCCGACACUACCCUAGUCUUUACGCACGCCACCCCCGUCCAGGGUCAAUCCCCGGUGGCCGCUACUCCACGCACCAUUAUCCAUCACCGGCACCACCAGGACGACGUUCGAUCCGAUGAUCAGUCCGAUUCUAGCGCAGCCGAGGAUCCUCCCGGCGACGAUACACACACCGGGUGCUGUGAACAUCCGUACGAUACCUCGCCCGAUUGCUCCCCCCCACCCGCACACGGUGGUGGUGGUCAGCUACAUCCACAUCACUAUCAUCACGCGACGCCCACGGGUGCACCCGGUGGCACUAAUCCCACCCAUUACCCGCCUCAUCACCAUCACCAUCAUAAUUCACUGCUUCACCAUGCCCACCACCAUCCGCAUGGGCAGCACUACCAUCAUCACCAUCAUCCCGGUACGCGCUACCAGGCAACGAACGGCGGUGGUAUUGGAUCGACUAGCGCGACUGUGACCACCACCCCACUGGCGUUGGUGCUGGACGGUGGUCAACCGGCACCAGCUGGCGACCAGAACCAAAAGGGUCCGCCACCGUUGCCACCGAAGCCGAAAAUCCUACCGAUGAAACCGUCCAACUGGGGACACCCGGGUGGGGUGACAGCCCCCUACAGCAUACCCAACGGGGACGGUGGAUCCAAUACCGGGACCAGUGGGAGCACCAGCAGCUCCGGCACGAGUAGCACCUCCGGCAGUACAGCCAACAGUAGCACUAGCAGUAGCAGCAGUAGUAGCUCCAACAACCACCAGCACCACUCCGUUAGUGCUAAUGAAGGUGUCGGUGGGGGUACGGCAGUGGUGGGAAGCAAUGGUAUUUUAAGUGCGAACCACAACGAAUUGGCCAACGUGGUACGUGAAGGAAACCGGCGGGCGAGCGGAGCUAUAGCGGCCGAGUCGGGUUCGUCUGUGAUCAGUGCUUCCGUGGCGCAAGCACGAAGCGUCUACUUCGACCAGGGAAGCAGCAGUUUCGUUUGACCUGGUACGAUUGAAUGAGGCAGAGUGUGGCAUAGGCAAACAAUAAUUAACCCUUUGCAUUGGAUGAUUUGGAUGGGAAACCAUCAGUUCCGAAAACUAAUCCUUUGUUGGAAAAGCAAUAGGUGUGGGUAAGUAAAGCCCAAACCUGUUCAACGAAACACCAGUCCGAUGAUUGUUAGAAAUUAACUUAUUUGAAAUUGAACUUUGGUUUAAACAAUUCCGUGAUACCUGUUCCGGGCGCCUGAAGUGAAGUGGGUUGCGUUUUUAAAGAUAUUGAUAUAUAAUAGUUGAAUUAGUAAUUUGAGUAAAUAAAUUAU